UAGACAUAGAUGUUCUCGUUAAAAGGAGAGACUGACGCUCCUAUUCCCGCGACAUCAUCAUCCUACACUAGUGGAGCUCCACGGUGCGCGUUGUGAUGCUCAGUCCUGCACAGUAGCAGCUCCAGGAGGCGUGCUUGUCCCUGCCACAGGAGCCCAGGAGGAGGACCAGCAGAGGCCAGCAGGCUUUUUUACCGGGCACUUGACACACCGUGAAAGAGAGCGCUUUUUUUGGGGGUGCUCUGCCCCCGCCUCCCACUCUCCCGAGCGAUGGCAUCCACGGAUCGAUCCACGGGAGCGCGUUGAGGCUCUGAGUGAUGCAGUCUCUGUUUGGCGGAGGGGAGCUGGGGCUGCUGGGAGGAGGCGGCGACGCAGGAGGCCUGAAGGAGGAUGGCUGUGGCAGUGUGGCGUGGCACUCCUCCGCCCUGCCCCCCGACGAUGUCUACUCAGCCUCCCACUUUGCCCUUAUCACCGCAUAUCAGGACAUCAAGACGAGGCUGGCCUGCCUGGAGCGAGAGAACAGCAGUAUCAAGAGGAAGCUCAAGAUCUAUGAGAUCAAGUUCCCUAUGAUCAGCGAGUUUGGGGAGAACACUAACUCCUACUGCUCCUUUGAGAGCAAAGAGACGGCGCUGCUGCACUCAGAAAAUGGCAACCUGCAGCAGAGAGUCAACGUCCUGACCCACGAGCUCCAGAAGAGGAAAGAGAGAGAGGAGCAGCUGGAGGAUGUGAUCCAGGCCUAUGAGAAGAUUCACAUGGAGAAGAGCAACCUCCAGAGGGAUCUCGACAAGAUGACCAGCCUGGUGGAGAAGCACGUCGAGCGUAUCCUGGGCCUGGAGUCAGCUCUGAGGCAGAGGGACAACUCCCUGCAGAAACUCAACAUGCAGCUGCACAGCAAAGACAUGCAGUAUCUGCAGUUGCACGCCGGCCCGGACACACACAUGCUGGACUGUCCAGCUUUGACCCUUCAGAGCUCCCGCAGCCUGGACGCCCUGUCCGACCUGAAGCUGCAGCGGCUGGAGGCGGAGCUCGAGGGGGCGCGGCACGAGGCCCAGGGGGCAUGUCAGCGGGAAGAGGAGCUGAAGGGGGAGUGUGAGAGACUGAAGGAAGAUAUGAGGAUGCUGCAGAACAGCCAGAGGGACAGGGAAAUGACUUCUCCGUGCAAGCAGUGUGAUGUGGAGUGGAUAAAGAAGGUGGGAGAUGAGCAGGUGAAUUUAGCUCUGGCCUACACAGAGUUAACAGAGGAGCUGGGACGCCUCCAAGCCCUGAGCUCCAAGCAGACGGAAAUCCUGAGGAAAGCCUCACAGGAGCAGGCUAGUCCAGUCCAGCGUCACUCUCCCAUCCACCACCAGCGCCACUCUCCAGUACCUCAGCGCCACUCGCCCAUCUCACAGCGCCAUUCUCCAGUCCCGCCUCCACAACACCAUUCCCCAAUCCAACAGAGACGCUCCCCGGUGCUGCAGCGCCUCUCCCCAGACAUGCACCGCCGCUCACCCCUGCUGGACGUCAAUGACGGACCGGCCUCUUACUCCUGCCGGCCACCCAGCCAGCACCUGAGGGCCAGUUUCCAGGGCCGUCGCAGUUACUCUGAGGUUGCCGACCCCUCGGCUUACCAGUGCCCACCCCGCUUCUCACUGGACCCUGUCUCCACCCUGCCUAAGCCCCGGCCCUACAUUGAUAGCUACGCAAAACAGCAGCCCCAACAUGUGGGCUCUCCUCAUGGUGGACUGCAGCACAGAGUCUCCCCAUCUCCCCAUCAAGGUGGUGGAGGAGGAGACGGGGGUCUCGGGGAGAGCUCUAUGCGCCACUCAAGAGAGAUGCCGUUCCCACUGUCUGAGGUGGCCCACCUGCAUUUUGAGCCCCCUCCUCCCUCCACACCGGCACCCCAGCCACCACAGUCCUCUGAAGAUGAGGAGGAGUGGACCUGCCCGCAUCCCAUCAGCCCACCGCGGACGCUGGGCGUGCUCUCUGCUGCGGUGCCCAGUGGUGUCAUGAGAGGCCCAGCGUCCUGCUCAGCCUUCCCCAUCCCUCAGAGGUCUAACACCCUCAGCUGCCACCCACAGCCGGGGUACAUGUCAGCAGAGCAUGCCCAGUCCUGGCCUUCAAUCAAUCUCUGGAUGGAGACCGAGGAGAGUGACAUGCGGAGCUGCCCUCUCUGCCAGCUGAUAUUCCCUGUCGGUUACCCUGACGAUGCCCUCAUCAAGCACAUCGACUCCCACCUGGAGAACAGCAAGAUCUGAUUGCCAUGGCAACCAGCCCGCACAUAUCUCUGCGGCCUCUUCUUAUAGAUUAUGUAAGAGAUUGGCAGACCCGGCCAAAUGGAAAGUCGAACGUAGAAUCACGAGCGACCUAUUUUACGGUGCGAACCAGUUAGCUGUGUGCGGUAAUCUAUAGGUAGGGACGCAAAAUGGGCGCAGGGGCCUGGUAUAUAUGGAAGUACUUAAACACAGGUCUGUGUUGGAUUUGUGAGUCCACAUGCAGUCCUUUACUGAACGCCCUUAAGACAGCUCUGCCUGUAUAAUCACUGGCUCUGGUUGCUGAUGUUUUGUUAUGAGUCUUGUUGUGUGGUUUCAGGCAGUUUCAGGUGUCGUGUUGUUUUUCGCUUCACAGUGUAGUAUACUUUGAUUUAGCAAAGUAAGCCAAAGAAGAGGUAUGAGAGGCAGGCUUGAAAGUUCAGGGGUUCUGCAUGUGAAAAAGUUAGUUUAGUGUUUCAACAGUAAAUGAUCAGGGAGAUCUGAGGCGUCCUUUUUUUAACAGACUAUUCUCACCACUUAGCUUUAAAUACUUUACACCUGCUUGGACAUUUUCUAUCUCACACACCUACAGUAUCUCUUGCAGAGGAUUCUGUGCAGUAAGUGCCAAGGACAGUGAUCUGGUAGAAGUUGGCUUAUUGAAAUGAUCUGACAGAUAUACAAAGUCAUGUGGGAUGAUGAUUAGUCAUUUGAGUGUAGAUGUGAAGUUUUUGAUGCUGACACUGUGAAGGAAUUUUGACUGAUUUUCUGUCAAUCAGGGUUUGAUGCCAGUUCACUUUUUUCUGUUUUUCUAUGGCAGUUAAGAAAGUAUUAAACAUUCCAGUCUCACAUUUCAACUACUGAAACCAACUGACAAGCUGGGGAAUAUGAAUGUGAAAGUAUGUUUGGAUCAAGGCGGUUUUACCCAAACAGAGUUAAGAUGAUGCCCUGCAGGGCGGGGCACUGAUGUGUCUUCUCUACUAGGGAAACAUUUUGUCAGAAUAUACCUUUAUGCUUGCGGCCUGUUCAAAAAAAAAAAAAUCUAAGUAUCUUAGCACUUUAAGUUAGCAUAGCCUAUACAAUGUAUAUGUUUUCAGUCCCCAUAUAUAUUUUCCAUGUAUAAUUUACUAUUUAUAUUGUCAAUCUGUAAGGCAAAAAAAUAUGAAGAUAUAUUUUUGCAAAUGUUAAUGCACCACAUGUCUCAUGUUGGUGUCGUUCCCAUGUGCUUGCACACUGCUGUAUAUAGAGGAGUCGAAGAUCCAAAUCCCACCACAUGGGAUACUUUUCUGUACAAAGACUUUAAAUUAUCAACUGGGAUUCUCAUCGGUCUUCCUAAAGAUCUGACCUUCAAAACAGUUUGAUGUCACGACUGCCCAGACCACCCAACAAAAAAAACAAAAAAAAGAACACACACAGCUGGCUGCAUGAGAUCAAGACUUCUGACCUGCUUCGAGGAAAAAGUGGCAGGCUUUUUAGUGUACUGUAUUUCUAUCUCGGAGAUCUGAUACCAGAAACAUCAUCUCCAAUCAGCAAAGUUAUCUCUGCAGGGUUUCAGCAAUGACAAUACUCUUCUUUUGAUACAUGGGUUUAGUUUUUAUCACAAGUGGAAUCUUAAUGCGAGAUCAGCUUGUGGGACGUGAACUUCUUUUUUGAGAAAAAAAAAAAGAAAAACAACAAAGUUACACUGAUGUCAGCUACUCUGAGGCUUUCAGUUCCAUGUGCAGUUUCUAAUAUGGGGAUGUCCCUACACACCUACCAUGCAUUUAAAUUGACUGGAAGUUAUUGAAGAGAUGAAAUGCGGUAGAUUAGAGCACAUAUUGUAGGACUCUCUACAAGCUCUGGAGGCUUUGCUCCAGGCUAUGGCUUUACAAGGAAGGUUUAAAGAGAAUUUUCCAAUGGGGGGGUCAAGGAAUAUCAGAUUAAAGAGUAACUGGUUUAUUAUGGACCUAGACCUUGUUCUAGCAGGUUUGGACACUGGUUUCAUUGGUCACGAUUACAUCGUAGUCACCUGGUUAAUUGCUGAGAUCUGGGAAAGCCCCAGUAUUGCUAAAAAUAGAAGUCAGACAAGUUGCUGAACUGCUGUUGCUGACGUGCCAACUGCUAACACGCCAACCAGUCAGUCACAAUAGCUCUGAGCCUUUCCAUUUUCUCCACAGAGUGCUGUUUACUUUGAACAACAUUUUGUUCAACAAAAGGUUAUUGAAGAGUGAAAUUAAAGCGGUUAGUUAGCUUAGCUGUGUCACUAAGUAACAUUAAGCUCACACUGUCUCAUAAUUACUCUUUUGUAGAGCAGUUUGUACUGGCGUUCUCUCAAGCUGUGAAGAUGACUUGCUGUUGGUCAGUGGUGCAAACUCAGCCAAGUCACUGUCCUUUUAGUGGCUGUAAAAAAGUGAAACCAAGGUUUCCCACUGCGUAACAUAAUGGAGGCGCCCAGCACUUCCACAAAGAAUUUACUGCACUUUUAUGAAAUAUAAAACAGCAGAGACUACGUAUAAGGAGUGAGCCUUGUAAAUUUCCCCAUUGUGGGACAAAUAAAGGAAUAUCUAUCUAUCUAUCUAUCUAUCUAUCUAUCUAUCUAAACAGUUAAUCAUGCAUUAGGAUUGGUUUGAUUCAGCCCAGCGGAUGUUGAUUGUGUUGCAUCUAUACGUUUAUUUAAAGAGGAGCUCAGCUUCAUCCUGUGGCUGAAAUCAGAAGAAAGUACCUACCACCCCCACAAACCAAUUCCUGUGGAAACCCUAAAAACUGUUCAGAAUUUCACAAGAAAAAGGUUUCAAGUUCGAAGCAAUCUGAAAACAAAAGCAUAAUUCUAUCGCUUGUGUGGGUUCUCUGACUGCUUGUGGUUCUUCCCAAUUAGACUUGUUUUUAGCAAUGUCGCCAGGCUCAGAGACUUCAGCAAUUAACUUGUUGAUUACAAUGUUACAAAAUUAUUUCUGAUUUUGAUUCUGAUUCUGUUCCAAUAAACUGGAAUUAUCCUUAAAGAACUACAUCCCGAGGUGUACAAUAAGGCAGUGCGGAGUUACUUGACCAUUCAAUCGAAGAGGGCUUUAUUGACUCCCAAUUAUUAUCUACUGUAUGUAUGUUCCUAUAUCACUCUGUGUAAAAAAUAUUUAAAGUUGUGUACAGACAGGUAUUUUGCAAGUGUGUAAGGCUAAUGCAACAUGUACUCUAUUAUUCAACAACUUCAAAUUGGAGUGUCUGUAAACCAGUAUAUAUAAUCCUAGCCACCACCACACUAAAUAUGAAUUAUAUGCGAGUUAUAUACAAGUACUACCCCACACCUUUCCUCUUUUACUCACUAUGUAGUGGUAUGUCCUACCUCCUAUGUAGAACCAUCAUGUGGGAUGUGUGACAGUGAGCACUUUCAAGCUUAAUCACAUAUGACAUCAAAUGAUCUGGACUGACUAUACGACCACAAGUACACUAGGUUUAAAGAAAAAUUACAAAUUAAUGUUUGUCUGAAGGUUAGCGUCAGUAAUAAGCGUGCUGAUGCAUAUUUUUCUAGUCUGAUUUAUCAUGCAGCAAAGAAAGAAAGAAAGAAGCACAAAUGUGCAUAGUUGUUUGUCUUCACUGCUGAUGAUGUAAUGUUGCAUCAUAAACUAGUAGUUCAACUGCAUUUGGGAACUUUAAGUUACGACUAUGUAAUUUGAUAUGAACUGCAGCUGAGGUCAGAUUUCACAAACAAUAUGAUCCUUUUUGCCCCCUAGAGAACAAAAUAUUUCCUGUAUUUUGAAAAACAGAGGACAUGGUUAGCAGGUCUUCUUUUGGUCAUGUCAGUGUGUGUCGGGGGGGGGGAGCUGCAUUGUGGUUAAUGGUGUUGGGAUGUUGUUAGCAACCGCAACCUGUUGGCCAGAAGCAGCAAUGCAGAGCAAUCUCACCCUGUAUGAGCUUACACAUUGCACGCACACACGUUAUUUCUGCAACACUACAACACUGCACAUACAGAAGCUGUGCUGAGGUCCAUCACAUAAAGUUUAUAAUUGCUAGUUCAGGUUUAAGAUCUUAAUUUUUGUUUAAAAACCUUCAAAUCUGCAACCAUCUCGUCUGUUUUUCCCCUUUUUUGGGUCAUAAGAGCAAACUGACUCCUUGGUUUACUCAGGAGAUCAACAGAGAGACAAAUCCAGCAAAGGAAAGAUCAAAUCUGUCAUCGUUAGAUUCAAAUUAAAUAUUUCUUCAUCAUGAAAUUUCACUCAGAUUUACUCAGGCGACAAAUGGCUAGGUCCAACAAAGAGGAAGAGUUUUAAAAACCAGUCUGAUUGUUCAUUCUUGUAUAGCUCCACUCUCCUAUAAGUAACUAAGUGAGUCAGGUUGUUCUCCUGGGUAACAUUAAGCGCACAUGGAGACCUCAACACUAAUGAACUCUCCACAACACUAAUGAGAAGUAAUGGCUACUCUACAGCAUUUGUGUGGUGGAACAGCACUGCUGGCAUUCAAGAACUUUACGAUUGUGAUAAACAAAACGAAAGCAACAACAGAGUCACUUUUUCUUUCUCUCUCUGUCUGUAAAUACCCCUAUAAAUAAAAUGGAACUUGCACUGAAAUAA